CCCAAUUCGACUCCGUAGGAAGUGGUUUGUGUUUUAUUCUACAAUCUCUGUGAUUUUGUAAAAUUAAAGGAAAAAGAAGAAGAAGGUGAAGAAGAAACUAAUUUAAAGCAAAUUCUCUAUUUAACUAGCUACCCUGGCUUUUCAUUCAAGGGUCACUUUGAACUUCGAGCUACUUUAUCCUCCUCAUUCUUCUUCUUCUUCUUCUUCUUCUUCUUCCUCUUCUUCUUCCUCUUCUUCUUCUUCUUCUUCUUCUUCUUCUUCUUCUUCUUCUUCUUCUUCUUCUUCUUCUUCUUCUUCUUCAAAUCCGACUAAAUUAUAAAACAAGCUUUUGUCUCCAUCCACUUUCAAACUGAUUUUCUCACAACCCCUUUUCAUCUCUCCCCUUAAAUUCAUACUCAGAAACAAAGAUGAUUCAGAAAAGCUCAGAACGAUCAGGUAUUCCAUACAUAGUAUAUACAUAUACCAUUGAUUAUUGUACUCACUGUUCAUUUCAAUUCUAGUAUUCCAACCCAGAAGAGAAAAAAUAAAACCACCAUCAGGUAAAAUUGAAAUUACUUUUGAGAUGUGGGUAAUAUAUCUUAUAAUGAAUAAACAAUGUUCAUGAGCAGAGAGAGAGGGUCUUAAAUGCUAAUGUCAGUCUGAGUAUUAGAGCUUAAAAAGAGAGAGAGAGAGAGAGAGAGAGGCCAGAUGGAAGGCAUAUUAUUUUCAGAGAUUUUGGUUUUGCUUUAAAAAGUAGUUUCAAUUUAUGAAGAUAAAGGAAACUAUUUAAAGGGUUAAUCAAAAUUCAAGGUAUUUGGGGUUGUUUAAAUGAGAUUAUUCAGUGUUUUUGAAAUCUGGGUGUUUGAUUUUUGAAGAAAUAAUUUAUGGGUUUUUUGCAGAGAGGAGAAAUGAUUGAAGGGUAAGAGAUAGAGAAGAAAAAAAAAAAAAUUAAGAAAGGAGUACAGAAAAAUUUAAGGUGGACUUUGCUUUUGGAAGAAAGGGGAAGAAGAAAAAGGGUUAAAGGAUAGCUCUCUCUCUUUCCUGACUUGGAAUGUGAUAUAUCAAUGGAGAGAAAAAGGGCUUUUUAUCACUACACAGCCAAAGUACUCUGUGAGUUAUCAUCAUCAAUAUGUAUAGGACAGUAACCCCACCUGCACUCCAUUCAACCUCCUCCUUCUUUUAAAGUUUAACUCAGAAGCCCCAUUUUUUUUUUUUCUUUUUCUCUCUCUCUUAAGAGUAAAAAAAAGUAUAAUGGAAUCCACUGUGUUGUAACCAUAGGUCAAAAGAGGAUGUUGUUUUUGUAUAAUUAGUCUUUGUUUCAGAAAGGAAUGAAAGUGGUAUGGAGGUGCUGGAUAUUCAAGAACAAGCCUGUAGGUUUCCACGAAUUGGUAAUGGUAGAAAUGAUUCCAACAAGUUAGGGCAAAAGGGUAUUGUUCAAUACACCCCAGAUGAUGAAGAAGACAAGGAAUUUUCGAAAAGGGUCGCUGUUGUUACUUCUGCUACUGUUAAUCCCACCGGACGAUGUGAACCAGGUGGCAUCGGUGGAGUUGGUGCUAAUCGUCUUCAUGGAUGGCAUCACUCGUCUCGUAUUAUUAGGGUUGCUCGAGCUUCUGGUGGUAAAGAUCGGCACAGUAAAGUUUGGACAUCGAAAGGGCUCAGAGAUCGACGAGUUCGGCUUUCUGUCGCUACUGCGAUUCAGUUCUACGAUCUUCAAGAUCGGCUUGGUUUCGAACAACCCAGCAAAGCUGUUGAGUGGCUGAUCGAAGCAGCUUCCGACGCCAUCGCUGAACUUCCGUCUCUGAGUGGCUCUUUCCCUGAAACUCCCAGGCAACUCAGUGACGAGAAAAUGGGUAGCGAUGGGGCCGACCAAGGGUUUGAUUCCCCGGAAAUGGAGCUCGACGGUGACCCAAAAAAACACCAACAGAAUCCGAGACAGCAGCUUUCAUUGGCGAGGUCUGCUUGUAGUAGUAACUCAGAGACGAGCAAGGGCUCGGGAUUGUCUCUCUCCCGCUCUGAAAUCCUAGUGAAUCGAGCGAAGGCACGUGACAGAGCAAGAGAGAGAACUGCGAAAGAGAAGGAAAGAGAGCAAGAAUCUCGCGAUGCUCAUUGCAUUCCCAACAACCCAUCUUUCACUGAGCUUCUCACCGGCGGUAUCAACAAUAACGGCGCCAAUAACACCACCAAUCGGACGAAUUCAGCCUCGCAAAACAAUGUAGUGGAGCCGAAUUUGUUCGACAAGGCAACGGCCAUGGAUUACUUAGCCUCUUCUGGGAUUAUAGCCCAACAACCGUCGUCGUCUUCAUCUUCACGGCCUGGCCAUAAUCAAUCUGCGGGAUUUUCAGGGCAAAUCUUUUUGGGGAAUCCACACCAAUUGCCAGUGUCGAUUCCACAAUUUAACAUCUCAGCCGCUGAAAAUACUCAACAAGAUCGGCUUCAACAUUUCUCGUUCGUCCCAGAUAAUUUGAACGACUAUAAUCUUAACUUCACCAUCUCUGCCGGCCUUGCUGGUUGCAAUAGGGGGACCCUUCAGUCCAAUAUUUCACCGUCUUUUUUGCCUUACCUCCAGAGGUUUCCUCACUUAGAGGGAUCAAACGUACCCUUUUUCAUCGGAGCUGCAUCGCCAACGACGGCGACGACUCCCGUACAGUUGGAAAAUCACCAUCAGUUGACACCAGCAUUGUUUGAUGGUAGCUGGCAACUCUGUUAUGCUGAUGGAAGCCAUCACUCAGAUCAAAAGGGUAAAGGAAAGAACUGAUGAGUUCUCAGAAAGCACAUUUCUUCCACCCCAUUUCCAGGUUGAAUGGUGGAAAAAUGAAGAUGGAGCACCAGAGAGUGGCCUGCCCAUCGUGAGUCCUCCAUGUUCAGAUCUUCACAUUUUUAUGCUUCUGAAACACUUGAUUUUUCUUUGCUUUAUCCCGUUCUGAGUUUCUAAAUUCCUUCUUUAUCUCACAUUGAUUCUUAUUAUGUUUUCAAGGGUUUAUGUGUAAUCUUCCACAACCAAAUGCAUGUUUUGUUGGUAUUGAAAGUAGAGAUGUAGAACAAACACAAAUUUACGUGAAAACCCUAGUACAGGAAAGAAAACCAUGCUGCUGAUAUUUCUUAUUAUUUUCUUAUGACAAUAAAGGUACAAUGGGCAAAAUAUUUAUAGGCAA